CAUAUAGGCGCAGGACCCAUUUGGUGCAAUCUUUCUCUGUUGUUUUUCUCUACUGGUUUUACUUCAUUUCAUAGCCCCGCCAGCUUAAUAACUACUACUAUUUUUAUAUAAUUUUAUUAAUCUAUAAAAAUAAAAACUUAAAUCUAAAAAAAUAUUUUUCAUUCUGCUCUGUUUUUUUUAAAUCAAAAACUCCAUCUGGGUCCUGCUAAUUUUAACUUUAUUGAAUAUUUUUGGGUCAUGGCUUCGUCAAGUGGUACAUCAUCAGGUUCAUCGUUUUUACAAAACUCGGGUUCAGAAGAAGAUCUUCAGCAAUUAAUGGAUCAAAGGAAGAGAAAAAGAAUGAUAUCGAACCGCGAAUCAGCAAGAAGAUCAAGAAUGAGAAAACAGAAACAUUUGGAUGAUUUGAUGGGUCAAGUAACAAAUUUAAGAAAAGAAAAUAACCAGAUUUUGACAAGUAUGAAUGUUACCACACAACAUUAUCUUAAUGUUGAGGCUGAAAAUUCAAUAUUGAGAGCUCAAUUAAGUGAACUUAGCCGUAGGCUUGAGUCACUUAAUGAAAUCAUUACAGUUUUGGAUGCAAACAACAAUUGUAAUGGACUUGUCAUGGACCACAAUGAGCCUUAUAGCUUCAAUUUUGCACAAAAUGACAUUAUGCUUGAUGGGUUCAACGUGACCAAUUCUUGGAAUUAUCUAUCUGCCAAUCAACCCAUUAUGACUGCCAAUGUCUUGCAGUACUGACGUGGCAAUAUUAGUCGACCCAAUGAAUUUUAAAAAAAAAUUAGUCAGAUCAUGGUUGAUGAGGGAAAAAAAAAAUCAAACAGAGAGAAUCCUCUUUUUAUGUAUUAUCAUCAUCAAGUAGUAGAAAUAUUAGUGAUCUUGCUAAGAUUUCUCUUUUGUCAAGUAGUAGUAGUAUUAUUAUUUUAUUAAGAAUAAAUCCUCUCGAGGAAUAUUGGUGUUCUUGUAAAUGUGGGGUUUGUAAUCUCAUUUUCAGUUUCUCUUUCAGGACUUAAUUAUGCAGUUGUAAUUGGAAAGUUUUUUUCUUGAUUUGUAGUUAUCGUAGUAGUAUAUUAAUAACAA